AGAAUGGAAAAGUUCUUCACUCAGUCUUCCAAUAAGGGUUGAUGUUGUCUGCAGUAUUUCUCAGGGAAAUGCGGAGAGCUGCGGAACAGUAAAGGUAACGGGUUUGGGAUGAGGCGUGAUCGGAUUAUUAAAGGGUCAGUCCAUGGGGAUAUUAAAUUCAGCAAACAUUUAUGGAAUACCUACUCUCUGUCAGUUAGGCUGGGGGACACCAGGUGAACAAGCAUGGGCUGGUGGAAAGAGCUCUUUGGAGUAGGGGAAACCGUACGCCCUGGAAUUGGCUGGCAGUGUGAUGUUGGAUAAGCUAUUGAACUCUGCAGUACGUUCCCUAUCAGUAAAAUAAGAAUAACACCUGUUUACCUCCCCAGAUGUAUUUCAUGCAGAUUAAAUGAGAUAAUGUAUGCAAAAUGCGUAGCACUUUGCCUGGCACAGAGGUGUUUAACAGCACCUUAAAUUCCUUUCAUCCUCGGGAUGGUUUUUUUUGGGGUGCGGUGCGGGGGGUUAGUGAAUGCAGGCAAUUGUAAUACAGUGCAUUAUAUAAUAAAACGUUGAGGUGUAGAAUAGGAGAGCGAAGAAGAGAGAUUAAUUCUAAAUUGAGGAGGAAUGCAUGGAAGCGUCGGCAUUUAAGUGAAACCUUCAAGGAUGAGUAGGAUUUCAGCAGAUUCAGAUGGGAAGGAGGAGGACAUUUCAUAUGGUGGUGGUGCUAUCCUUUGAGAGCCGAAUUGAGUGGGAGGACCUUUGGGGGAGGGGCAAAAUAGAGACGCUCAAUAGCUUUUAACUCUUGUUGAGUCUGACCUUCAAAGAUUGUCUCGGUUAUUUUGCUUUUUGUGUGGUGAAUUUCCCGGAAACCAGAUCCAGCCCUACUCAAAUGGAGCAGCUAUCAGAUGAAGAAAUUGAUCAUGGUGCUGAAGAAGACAGUGACAAGGAAGAUCAAGACCUGGACAAAAUGUUUGGAGCCUGGCUUGGAGAACUAGACAAACUCACUCAGAGUUUGGAUUCUGACAAACCCAUGGAACCAGUAAAAAGAUCUCCUCUUCGCCAGGAAACAAACAUGGCCAACUUUUCUUACCGCUUUUCCAUAUACAACUUGAAUGAAGCUCUGAAUCAGGGAGAGACUGUGGAUCUGGAUGCCUUGAUGGCUGAUCUUUGCUCUAUAGAGCAGGAGCUCAGCAGUAUUGGUUCAGGAAACAGUAAGCGUCAAAUCACAGAAACGAAAGCUACUCAGAAGUUGCCUGUUAGCCGACAUACAUCGAAACCUGGCACCUUGAAAGGAUUAUCUUCUUCAUCUAAUAGGAUAGCUAAACCUUCCCAUGCCAGCUACUCCCUGGACGACGUCACUGCACAGUUAGAACAGGCCUCUUUGAGUAUGGAUGAGGCUGCUCAGCAGUCUGUACUAGAAGAUACUAAACCCUUGGUAACGAAUCAGCACAGAAGAACCGCAUCAGCAGGCACAGUGAGUGAUGCUGAAGUACGCUCUAUUAGUAAUUCCUCCCGUUCCAGCAUCACUUCUGCAGCCUCCAGCAUGGACUCUUUGGAUAUUGAUAAAGUAACACGCCCUCAAGAGCUGGAUUUGACACAUCAAGGGCAGCCAAUUCCUGAGACACAUCAUAUUCUGCUCCCAGAGCAUGCUAUUUCUCUGAGAUGUUCCAGCAAGCAGGCCAAGCGUCAUAUUGACUUCACAGAAGAACAGGCUGAGCUGACACCUCACUCCUAUCUGGACAGGGAAACCUCCCUUCUUCUGAGAAACAUUGCAGGAAAACCUUCUCACUUGCUGACCAAGGAGGAGCAGGCAGCAAAAUUGAAAGCUGAGAAGAUCAGAGUUGCCCUAGAGAAAAUUAAAGAAGCACAAGUGAAAAAGCUGGUGAUUAGAGUCCACAUGUCUGAUGACAGUUCUAAAACAAUGAUGGUGGAUGAGAGGCAAACAGUAAGACAAGUACUGGAUAACCUAAUGGACAAAUCCCACUGCGGUUAUAGUUUAGACUGGUCACUGGUAGAAACUGUUUCUGAAUUACAAAUGGAGAGAAUCUUUGAAGACCAUGAAAACUUGGUUGAAAAUCUUCUUAACUGGACAAGAGAUAGCCAAAACAAGCUUAUAUUUAUGGAGCGUAUAGAAAAAUACGCACUUUUCAAAAACCCACAGAAUUAUCUUUUGGGGAAAAAGGAAACAGCUGAGAUGGCAGAUAGAAACAAAGAAGUCCUGUUGGAGGAAUGUUUUUGUGGAAGUUCUGUAACUGUACCAGAAAUUGAAGGAGUCCUUUGGUUGAAGGAUGAUGGCAAGAAGUCCUGGAAAAAGCGUUAUUUUCUGUUGCGAGCAUCUGGUAUCUACUAUGUCCCCAAAGGAAAAGCAAAGGUCUCUCGGGAUCUGGUGUGCUUUCUCCAGCUGGAUCAUGUCAACGUUUAUUAUGGCCAGGACUAUCGGAACAAAUACAAAGCACCUACAGACUAUUGUCUGGUGCUGAAGCAUCCACAAAUCCAGAAGAAAUCUCAAUAUAUCAAAUACCUUUGUUGUGAUGAUGUGAGGACACUGCAUCAGUGGGUCAAUGGGAUCCGCAUUGCAAAGUAUGGGAAGCAGCUCUAUAUGAACUACCAAGAAGCCUUGAAGAGGACAGAGUCAACCUGUGAUUGGACCUCCUUAUCCAGCUCCAGCAUUAAAUCAGGAUCCAGUUCUUCCAGCAUCCCAGAAUCUCAGUCAAAUCACUCCAAUCAGUCUGACAGUGGAGUUUCUGACACCCAGCCAGCAGGACACGUCCGUUCGCAGAGCAUCGUGAGCUCCAUAUUCUCUGAAGCCUGGAAGCGAGGCACUCAGCUGGAAGAGUCCAGCAAGGCCAGAAUGGAGUCUAUGAAUCGGCCCUACACUUCACUUGUGCCCCCUUUAUCCCCGCAACCUAAGAUAGUCACCCCCUACACUGCUUCACAGCCUUCACCACCUCUACCUCCUCCGCCACCCCCACCUCCUCCUCCCCCACCUCCUCCACCACCCCCUCCUCCCCCGCUGCCCAGCCAAUCCGCACCUUCUGCAGGCUCAGCAGCCCCAAUGUUCGUCAAGUACAGCACAAUAACACGGCUACAGAAUGCGUCUCAGCAUUCAGGGGCCCUGUUUAAACCGCCAACACCCCCAGUGAUGCAGCCACAGUCAGUGAAGCCUCAGAUCCUGGUACCCCCCAAUGGAGUUGUUCCACCACCCCCUCCCCCUCCUCCACCCCCAACCCCAGGCUCUGCCAUGGCCCAGCUAAAGCCUGCACCGUGUACCCCAUCCCUUCCACAGUUCAGUGCCCCGCCUCCUCCACUGAAGAUCCAUCAAGUUCAGCAUAUUACUCAGGUGGCUCCCCCAGCACCCCCUCCACCUCCUCCUAUCCCUGCACCCCUCCCUCCUCAAGCCCCCCCAAAACCUCUUGUGACCAUACCCCCACCAACCAGCACCAAGACUGUGGCACCUGUUGUGACACAAGCUGCACCACCCACACCUACUCCUCCAGUACCCCCAGCAAAAAAGCAGCCAGCUUUCCCUGUUUCUUACAUUCCACCCUCUCCCCCUACCCCUCCUGUUCCAGUACCCCCACCAACAUUACCCAAGCAACAGAGCUUCUGUGCAAAACCCCCUCCCUCUCCACUGUCACCGGUGCCCUCAGUCGUGAAGCAGAUAGCCAGCCAGUUUCCACCCCCUCCAACUCCCCCCGCCAUGGAAUCUCAGCCCUUAAAGCCUGUCCCAGCAAAUGUAGCUCCACAGUCCCCUCCUGCAGUAAAAGCAAAGCCCAAGUGGCAGCCCAGCUCCAUCCCAGUCCCUUCUCCGGACUUCCCCCCUCCCCCUCCUGAAAGCAGCCUGGUGUUUCCUCCUCCACCCCCAUCACCUGUCCCAGCCCCACCACCACCACCUCCACCCACAGCUUCUCCUACCCCUGACAAAAGUGGAUCUCCAGGCAAAAAGACCAGUAAGACAUCCAGCCCUGGGGGAAAGAAACCACCCCCAACCCCACAGCGCAACUCCAGCAUUAAAUCCAGCAGCGGUGCAGAGCACCCCGAGCCCAAGAGACCCUCGGUGGACAGUCUAGUCAGCAAGUUUACACCGCCAGCAGAAUCAGGGUCUCCCAGCAAGGAGACCCUGCCACCUCCUGCAGCACCCCCCAAGCCUGGAAAACUCAAUCUUUCUGGAGUCAACCUUCCUGGAGUUCUCCAGCAAGGGUGUGUGUCAGCAAAAGCCCCUGUUCUGAGUGGGCGUGGAAAGGACUCCAUGGUGGAAUUUCCUUCUCCUCCAUCUGAUUCUGAUUUUCCACCCCCUCCACCUGAAACAGAGCUUCCUCUGCCCCCCAUUGAGAUUCCAGCAGUAUUCUCGGGAAACGCCUCUCCAAAAGUGGCAGUCGUUAAUCCUCAACCACAACCAUGGUCUAAAAUGUCAGUGAAGAAGGCCCCUCCACCCACACGACCCAAACGGAAUGACAGCACCCGCCUCACUCAAGCAGAGAUUUCUGAGCAGCCAACAAUGGCCACAGUUGUGCCACAAGUGCCCACCUCUCCCAAAUCCAGCCUUAGUGUCCAGCCUGGAUUCCUGGCUGACCUCAACAGGACACUGCAACGAAAGUCCAUCACUCGGCAUGGCUCGCUCUCCUCCUCCCGCAUGUCCAGAGCAGAACCAACAGCCACCAUGGAUGAUAUGGCAUUGCCUCCACCACCCCCUGAACUGCUGUCUGAUCAACAGAAGGCUGGUUACGGAGGCAGUCAUAUAUCAGGCUAUGCAACAUUGCGGAGAGGACCCCCUCCUGCUCCCCCAAAGAGAGACCAGAACACCAAGCUCUCCAGAGACUGGUAGCCACCAUAGGACUUUAUUUUCAUGAUAUCUGUAAUCACUUCUACAAUCAGCUCACCUGAUCAUCUGUGAAUUCAGGUGUUCAGAGCCUCCUGGUAUGAUGUUAUUCAGGUAGUGUCCAGCUAUAUGUGUAUGCGUGUGUGUACACACAGCUAUGCGGUGUAUGUGUGUAUAUAUGUAUACAUAUAUGUAUGUGUAUGUGUAUAUAUAGAGAGCGCUGAGAGUUAUUCUAUUUAUUCCUUUUCUCUCCUAAUCUGAAAAUGGGUGUUCUGUAUUUUGAGUGGAAGAGGCAUAGAAGGGGAUGUGUGUUGUCUCUUAAGAUUUCUAUAUCAUGUGGAUUGGACCAAAAACUUCUAAUCACUUAUUUAGAAGGUAUUUGUAAGUGUCUGUCCAUGUGUAGCCUAUUCGUGCAUGUGGUGUAUUAUAUAACUAAGAAAUAGAUGUAGAAUGUGCUACUUCUGGUUGAGAAAAAUCACCAGAAUGUGUGGUAUAUCUAUAAGGCUUUUGUGUUUGUUUUUUCCCCAGUUGGCUGAAGUUAGAAUUGCUUGACUGACACUUCAUUGCUAUACAUAAAGGGGCACUUUAAAUCAGGAAAAUCUCUCAGCUUCAUAGAACGGGUAACUAGUGCAGGAUGGGGAAAUGUUCACAGACAUCUCUGUAUGUGGUUAUGCAUAAAGUAAAUACAUGGUGUAACUAACUCAGCCGUUCUAGCUGCAGUACUGCUGCAGUGAUCCAUAUUUGGGAUGUGCUGACAGGUAAGCUCUUUGCCUACAAUACAUGGAUAAUUAGUGCUGUAAUUCUGGAGAGUUCCUUUUUAGUACUGUUUUAUGAAGCUUUAUCAACUUGGCUUCAUGAUCCUCACUUUGAUUGAUUUUAAGAGGAUGGACAACACAGUUAUCUCUGUAAUGUUCUGUCCCAGUAUGUCUUUGGGUCACCAGUUACCUUCCUAAAAUAUGUGCUUUAGGUAGAUGUUAUCGCGUAUCUGUAGACAACUGGUAUAUGAAAUAUACACAUCCUGUGCCCCAAUAUGGUGCAUCAGUAUGAAAAACAAAAUCAUUUUCUAAAAUGCAGUUUUUGAGCAUUGCUCUAUAGAAGGGAAGGGUGAUGAGAGAACAAAACUGGCCCCUGUGCAAGUGUCAUUAAUCCGGUUGUAUAUGGGUUAUAAUAGGUAAUACAAAAAACUCAUUAAGUAUGGCACUACCAUGGAGAGGGAAGACAAUAUCAUUUAUAGCUACUGGGGCCACCAGGACCCUUGCUGACUGCAUCCUGGUUGUGAUUAGUUCAGGUUACCAGGUGUUCUGAUGGAGUGGGACGUCCAAGUCCAGUGACUGACAUUACGUAUUAUGCAUGUGCAGUCUGGUAUAACAUGGAGUCACUGCUCUAAUGACACACUAUAUACUUCUAUAUGCUUUUUUUUCUGUGAAUUUUCCUUGGUUCAUGAGAGAAAUAUGUACUGUCUCAUCAACUUAUGAUAAAUUGGACCAUUAGGAAUGAAACACAAUCUUAAGAGUGGCUCCCAAACGAGAAUAAAAAUGGGCCAUCCCACCUCUUAUAAAGGGAGCACAUCUUGUAAUCAAAGUCUGUGCCUAUUGUUAAUGAUUACCAAUGCAAACUGCAGAAAUCAGUUGACAUUGUCCCACAAGGAAAAAAUGCCAGUAAAGUGGGGGAAGAGACGGUCAAUAAUUCUAGAAUGAGCAAAAGUGCUUAAUUAGUACAGUAUACUCAAGGUCUCGCAUAACCCACACUCCACGAAAACCGCAUCAUAAACAGAAUGAGCCGCACCUCUCCACUGCUGCAUCUCCAGAAAACUGUUGAGCACGUUCAUGUGGUUAUGGAGCAGUAAGAAUAUACACCGUUAAUUUUUAGGCAUUUCAAAUUGUUCACCAAGUUUUAUGUUUGAUGUUUAUGAAGUGAGCUUUAACACAUCUGCAUCGUUAAUUUAAGCAUGCACAGAAAUUUGGGUAAUGUUUGAGUAGAUUGCCAAGCUCCACUGUGAUUCAUGAAUGAGUUUCUCAUAGUCUGCUACCUGAAGUUUUAUACUUUGAGGGUCACCCAUAUUUGUGGGUUAGAGUUAAGAAUAUGAAUCCAAUUAUCAGAGUAUUCAUCCCUGGGGUUUUGAGUUUUAUUGUGGUGAUUUUCUUAUGAGAAAGUAGGCAACUUCAAUUUUCCUUGAGGGGGAAAAAACAUAACCCCCCAACCUUUUUUCACCCAUGACUUGAGCCCUGAAACAACAGCCUUUGUGUUUUCAGUGCAGGAUUUCUUGGAAUUUCUUGCUUGUAUCAAUCCUGAUGAUAGCCAUCCUGAACAGAUGCUUCUGGUGUGUUUUCCUGGAAGAGCAGACAUCCUUUUGAACACUAAUGAUGCCAGGAAGAGGGUAAGGCUAGAGGAGGAGACUGUCAUUUUAACCCCAAUCCAGUGGCUUGUCUCCCAACAGGCCAUUUCCCUUGACAUUCCUUCACAGACAGAAAUGGCUGUUAAAAAUGUUUUAACCUCAUGUAUGAACUGAAUUUAAAAAACCAGUAAAGUGAUACUUUAUACUUCUGAUGUUUUACUGCCUAGUGGGUUUUCUUUAAUUUGGAUUUUUGUCAGGAUGUAGCUUUUCCUCAACUGUAUUUCUGUAGCUUUUUCUCUGGAGUAUUCAUGGAAAGCAUCUACUGCCGGAUGACACUAGUACUGUGCCUUCUUUCAUUGCCCUCGGCUCUGCAGCUCUCACCCAGCUUGGCUGCUUCAAGUCUGUGCAGUUGACUUGACUGUACUGAAAAGUGAACAGCAUGAAUUAACUCAUCCUGCUGCCGAGGGCAGUGCAAACAGGUGCUUAUUACAGGUAGUGACUUGCUUAAUUAGUGACACUCUUAAUUUCUACUAUAGAUAAUUUCAAAAUAGAAUCACUCUAUGCUUAAAGUUUUGGCACCAAUGCUGUAGGACAGCAUAAUCUAUUCUCAGUAAAAUAACUUCAGGUUUAUUAGAUAUUCUGUAUUGGAUUUUACCAGCUUGACUUUGACUGCUCCAAUACCUUUUUUUUUUUUUUUUUUUCUUCCCCCACUCCACCCGCUUUAGAUGCUAUAAAUUUCUUGGGAAGAGUCACUGUUCUUAAGGUUUUUACAGAUACCCACCUUAGUUGUAAAUUGGAUAAAUUUCUGGGACUUUUUAAAUGAAAAAGAACGUGGAAUCUUAAGUUACAGAAGACUAUUUUUAUCAGAAAAUUUCAAACAAAGUAGACAUGGUGUUUCAUAGUCCUGUAAAAUCGAGGUGCUCCCACCACCAAAGGCACACCCUGCAAAGGGCUGUGAACUAUCUUGGUGAACUCUCUUGGGUCCCCUUCCCAUGUAUGUUUUCUUGUCACUGAAAACAAUGCUGAGUUUCUCAAGAAAAUUUAAAUUGGGGGGAUCAUAAUAAUUCCAACCAAGUGACAACUCUGAGGGCAAGGUUAUUAGGAGCUGUACAUCUAAUUCAAGCUUUAUUUGCUGCUAUUCUGGGAGAAUACAACUACUAAUAAACUUGUAUCAAGGAAAUCCAUAAAGUUAUAAAUUAGCCUGAAAAAUAUUUCAGGUAAUGGUGUGGAUUGGCCUGCUAUGACUAUCAGCCACCAACAGAACUCUGUCACCUUUGUUCCUCAGCUAAAAGUAAUUUUGUUAUAAACACAAAAGCGAUUUUAAACAGAUAAAAAACCCAUUCCUAUUUUUGUACAUUACUAAAAGUUUUUCAUAUACUACAGAGCUAACUAAUUAUAACUGAUUUAAUCCCACUCAAGUUUAGACCAGUUAAACCCAUAUGAUCCUGUAUGGUUAUCGGUGUGAUGACUUGAUUUUCAUAAAAUAGGUAUAAUUGGGUCAUACACUUGAUGAGAGGGUGACUGUUUCUAGGGGGAAAAAACCCUUUAGAAUGCAAGUACCUUUUGGCACUUUGAUUUUUUUUAAUAUACACUUUACAUUUGUAUAAAUUAUGCAGGGUACUCCUAACCCUGUAGGAAUAUAUGACCUCUCACAAAGUUGAGAUUUGAUCCAAAGAGAAAUGCAAGUAUAAAAGAAUUAGAUAACUAUUAUCUCUUAAGGUUUGUGGUUUUUUUUGUUUGUUUGUUUUUUUGUUUUGGUAGAGACGGGGGUCUCACUGUGUUGCCCAGGCUGGUGUCAAACUCCUGGCCACAAGUGAUCUUCCUGCCUCAGCCUCCCAAAGUGCUGGGAUUACAGGCAUUCCUUUUAAAAUUCAAAGAGAACAUUUCUACACCUUUAUCCCUCAAACAAAACAAGUGCUCAGUUCUUACCGUGCCCUUGCAAGGUCUAUAUGUAAAAGAAAUCUGAAAUUUAGCUGUAGAAUAAAACUUGCUAAAUAAAAAGGAAAAACAUACUUGGUAAGUGCCGUAAAAUUUCUCCAGUUGGUUUUCUCUUUGCUUGUUGAAAUAAUAAACCAUUUUAAAGAGAAAAUACUUGCUGUAAACCCCCAGUGCCUUCAACUCUUUUGGCAGAAUAUUUUUAAAGAAAUCCAGCAAGCAAACUUUGAGGUGCUAAUGAAAGUAAAGGAAGGUGGUAUUUCUAGUUUUGGCAGAAAUGGAAAGUGUCUUACAAGAGACAUCACUACCCACAUGGGGUCUGGCUGCUUUCUACCAAAGACAUUUAGAAAAGUGAAUUGAGUCAGGGUGAUGGUGAACACUAUGUAUUUUAUAGAUGGUUAAGUUGGGAAGUGAUUGUGUUUAUCAUGGCGGCUACUAAUACCAAGCUCAUGAUUGCUGAAGCCUCAGCAUCUUAGGCAGUAAGACUUGUCUGCAGCACUAAAGGGGGGGAAACCCUUAUAUUUUGCGAACUGUCCAUUCAUUAAAUUUAUUGUAACCUAAUACCAAAAACAGCCAUUUUUCAUAUUUCCCCACCUCCUACAUUUUUUUUCCGCUACUUGUAAAUAAUCCCUCCUAGAAAAUAAGCAUUAACUGGAAUGUUUCAAAUGAUUUUGCUUCAUUUUACUAUCAGCCACUAGUGAACUCUUACAGAGAUGUACAUUUGAGAUACAAUUAGCUUGUGCUAAGUGUUGUAAAAACCUUGUUUACUGUUGAAGGAGAAUUGCACAUUAUAUUUAACUGGGAUUGCUCCUCCCUCAGUUCUUUAAAAAACAGUCAAGGCUCACACCAACUUCUGGGCUGUGGGAGCUUUGCCAUAAGUAGAUACAAUGUAGAAAUAUACUUUUUUAAAGCAUGAAAAAGACAAGGAACUUCAUUAUAAUGUACCAGGUAGAGGACAUUAUUAUUCAAAGGAUUAUGCACAGCUCAGUGAAGAUGAAGUUACAAUUUUUCUUGCAGCUUUGUUAUUACUUUCUUCUGCAUAAAUGUAUGCUCAUUUCAUUAUGUGCCUUGCUCCGAUUGUGCAAAGCUAUAUAUAUAUAGAUAUAUAUAUGAGAGAGAUAUAUUCAGUACUACUGAGGAGGUUUUUGUUCUGCUGGAUUAAGUUAUUUUCCAAGUUACUCUUGCCAGUUAUGUCAGUAAACUAUUGUAAUGGCUUAGCACACUAGUCGUACAGUCAGUGUAAAUGUUUUUCAGUUACAUGUUUUCACUAUGUCAGCUUAUCAAAUCCUUAAUAAAAAAAAUCAUAGAUUUCAUUUAAACAUGGGGACUUUGAGUGUUUGUGGAUCGGCACCAUUAAGAACCUGGUUUUGCAUUUUGUAUCAGGGUACCCAGAACAUAGGCCAUACACAGAAGAAAUUAAGUGUGGUAAAUAAAUUAGUUUGAUAUGUUCA